UCAAGACUUGCCCGCCCCAGCAAUCGUCAGUCUUUCCCCACCGCCUCUUCUGCACAGUCCAACACGACAACACAGCAACCGAGCAGACUUCCCUCUGCCACGGACGCAAAAUCCACGGCGACACAAUACAGGCGAGCUUCCGCAUUUUCUACCGUUUCACGAGCCCACCGCGAACAAUCGCCAAUGUCGCCUGCACCAGUUCUUGAUACACCGCGCACGUACCAGAAUGAGCUCUCGCCGAAGCGGUCUUUCUCCGUCAAGAAAGACACUGAGCUCUCGCCGCACCAGUUUCUGAGCCAACUCUCCAGCUCACGGCGGCGGCCUUCCAACCCAGAAGUCACACACACACCUCCGAACCGCACAUCGACCUACCGACCUUCCAACCUGAACUAUUCAACACCCAGAGCGCAGCCCGAGACACCUCAAGCCGAGGCCCGCCAGGAAACUGCAUCUCGUGUUGACGGCACAGAAUCUCUGGACUCUACUGGUGCCGCCACCUCUGUCUGGGACGAAUUGGACGAAUUGAAGACUAGGAUACGACGGAUUGAACUCGGCGGCAAAAUCCCCGCAACGUCGGGUGCGGUGGUAGCCAAUGCCACUGAGCGACCGCGAACUGCAAAUACCUCGGUCACCACGGUCUCGUCUUCUCCGAAGCAACAACGAAAGAAUAACGCUUCACCUCCGGAGUCCACCGCCGGCACCAGCACCCCACAAAGGACACAUCCACUCCUGAGGGAUGCUCUCGCCAAGGCCAGACAACAUGUUGCCCCACCAGUCUACCGUUCUCUCGAAGCAACGGCCACCGAAGCAUUGGAGCUUGCGGAAUUAACUGGAAGUGCGGGACCACAGGGAAACCUCCAAACUGUAAGCUCAGUCUUGCACGGCGCCUCCAUCUCAGAUAGGCAGAUUCGCCGCAAAGCCGACAGCAUCUGCCGCAGCCUUACAGAACUUUGUAUCGAAUUGUGCGAUAACAAAUCCUCAAUAGCAAGUCCUGCAAUCCGUUCAAUCAAUGGGGCUCCAACCCGCCGCCUAAGUGUACAGAUCAACGGCGCCGAGUCUCCGACUAUACGACCCAGUAUCGAAGAAGAGAGUGAUACCAUUCCACGAAACAGUCCAAGCCGAGCAAUGUCUCGGAUUGAAGCUCGAAGGACCAGUCUUAUGGCCGGGAACCUGAAUGGAAGCCCUCGCGAAGCAAGCUACGAACCUCUUACUCCUUCUCAAAGUGGAAUUCCUACCAGGUUAAGCCGAGCCGGUACAAGUCUGCAGCGAGCGCGCCGAAGAGACGAAGAAGAAGAUGAUGACGACCCAACCCUCCGUGUUCCAUCUCGUGCAAUGACCGAUUUCAGAGAUAUUCGCGCUAGUACGAACCACACGAAGCGGUUCAGCAGAGAGUAUACGUCUCGCGAGCAGCUUCAGGAACUUCAGCCCGGCCCGGCGUUGCAGCAGCACACCUCGUCCCUUCGUCGGCCAACAAUAUCGGGCGCGGAAAACAAUUCUCUAUUGUACCAAGACGAUUCAAGAUUCCAUAUUGAGCGACGGCGCACGCCUGGCUACGAAAAGCCACUAUCUGCUGACCUUGGAAGUCGCUUAGUACAACCUACCACUAACUACAGUGCCCAUAGAGCAUCACUGGGUGCUCAGGGCCUUGGACGCAACACAAGUGUGAGCAGAAGGGUCCGAACAAAUGUUGGCGAGUGA